CGCCAUUGUAGUGCUUGGUGUUGGCUUGGAUACGCACGACCACUGGCACGAGAGGACACAGGCCCACUUUUUCGGCUGCGCGUCCGUCCGACUGUGGAAAGCUGUCGGAAAUGAGUGGAUUAGUGAGCAAGUUAGGUACGGUUGUGUUUAAAUUGUUUAAAGUGCUCCGUUCGCCUCGUAGGUAGGAGAUGCUAGUGAUCAAACCUCUGACAUAAACUCUUCUGUUAAACCUAAAGAGCAGCAAGAAGCACUGCUAUCCCCCAACGAGAUCGACAGUGAUUGGCUGCGUGUGUCAGCGAAUUGUCAGCGAAGCCAGUUGGAUUCGGUGCAUGCCUGACGAAGAAGACGCGACGCGAGACACGUGCAGUGUUUAGCACAAUCCCGCGACAAUCAACCAUCUGCAAGCAACACUCGUCUUUUGGUGGCCCAUUGGUGGCUGCCUAACCACUCUGCGCCACUUCAAUCAACCAAAACCCAGUGGCUAGCAAAUCGGACAUCGGUUUCCAUUUCUCGGCGACAGAUCGACGGACGACGUUGGUGUCACAUGCCGCCGAGCUGGUUGGAUGCUUCGGAUUCGCUGCUCCGAGUUGGUUUAAAUGUUCCGCAUUAAAAAUACGCUUCCACAAUACCGUUGGUAUCCGUUGCUCGAGUAAGAGUCAGUUUGCGAUUGUAAAGUAAAUGUGUGCUUAGUAUUUCUGCCGGUGAAUUUUGUGUGGUCAGGAGGGAGAAUCGAGCGAUGAGCAUUGUUUCGGCGCUUGCUUUACCAUUUCGGCAUUAUCGUGAGCGGAAACGGUACAUGAGACAGCCAACCUAGGAGCUGUUACACAUGCACGAAAGUUGACAGCUUCCGCGCACACUGGCUCGGAUUGAGGGUGUUUGAUGAGCGGUCCUAUACAAGGAGGAGAGCAAAUUAACAGCUUCGUCUACGUGUAGCAAUGAGCGAGAAAAUGGAGAAGCUGAAGGCUGCCAAGAAGGUAGCCCCCGACGGUGGCUGGGGUUGGAUGGCAACGUUCGGCGUUAGUUUGGUGAAUCUGGCAACCCGCUCGAUUGAACCGUCGUUUGGGCUGCUGUUCGGCGAUCUGCUGACAGAUCUGCAGGUCGGCACAACCGGUGCCGCCAUCAUCAUCAGUGCACUGGAUGUGAUGAUGAAUUUCUCCGGUCUUUUUGUCGGGCCCCUGCUCAAGGAGUUUUCCUACCGUAAGGUGGCGAUUGCCGGUUCGCUGCUGUGCUGGAUUGGACUGGCCCUUACCUCGCCUGCUACCAGCAUGGCGCACAUUCUAGCCACCUAUAGUGUGAUCAAUGGAAUCGGUGUUGGGUUGGCAACAUCAGCUGCGUUCGUGGCACUUAAUCACUACUUUGCGAAGAAGCGAGGGCAAGCGGUCGGGCUAUCGAUGGCCGGCACUGCCCUCGGUAUGCUGAUCAUGCCCCAGCUAGUACGCAUUCUGCUAGAGCUGUACGAUUUCCGUGGUGCGGUGCUCGUGCUUAGCGGUAUGGCACUGCACGCGACGGUCGGUGCGAUGCUCCUGCAGCCCAUCAAAUGGCAUCUACGCGAGGAGGAGGUUGACAUUGAGAUGGUGGAAGCGACACCGGCAAUGGGCAUCAUAUUGGAGCAGGAGGAUGAUGGCGAUAACGAUUCGCUGCCCGAGAUCAAAUCGCUACUCUUCCCGCGCCGCAUCGGUAGCGAACGGAAGCACUCGGACACGGGCACGAUCGGCGGACCCGCUGGAGGAGCAGUGGCCGCGGGAGCAGGCACAGUGAACGGAGCCGGUGGUGCACCGGGCGGACCGAUUGGCCUACCGAAGCGGCCAACCUUUCCGCGCAUUACCUCCAGCGUUAGCAUACAGAAUGGGCCUCCGAGUGCGGGUGCGUUGGGCAUGCGGACGAGACCCUCCUUCCCACGAAUUGCUUCGACCGCCAGCAUGGGUCUGGCCCUGCGGAAGCGUCGCGAGUCCGUUGUUUCCCAGCUGUCUACACUCGACUUCACCGGCAGUGGAAGCUGCAUGCACAUUCAUGUCGAUACUGGAGACGCUGAUGCAGAGGACGUGGACUAUCAGAUAAUCCGGCGCGUUAACACGCACGCGGGCGUAUCGUUGAACUCGUUCGCCCGCGUGCCAUCGCGCACCGGAUCAAGGCGCAUGGAAACGGUCAAGUCGGAGUUGGGGCUCGAGAUGGUGAAACCAAAGGUUUCGUUUCUGCAGCGCUUUACGGCCCUGAUGGAUGUCGGGCUGCUGCGCGACCCCAUCUAUCUGAACAUCCUGUUCGGUUUGUCGAUCUUCUACGUGGCCGAGAUGAACUUCAAAAUGGUGACACCAUUCUUCAUGGCUAGCCUGGGCUUCGAUAAGAGUGAGACGGCGUUCGUCCUAUCCGUGUCCGCGCUGACUGACAUUGCGGCCCGUAUAAUUGUGCCACCGAUCGGAGAUCGGUUGAAGUUACGCAAGCGCUACAUCUUCAUGGUGUCGCUGAUUUUCGUCGCCAUUUCGCGAUCGAUCGUCGCACAUCAGCAGACGUACAUUGAGGUGAUGACAUGGCUGUCGAUCACCGGAUUCUUCCGGGGGGUUGCCCUAGCUAACUUCACGCUCUGUGUGUCCGAGUACUCGUCCCUGGAGAAGCUACCAGCUGCGUUCGGUUGGCAUAUGGUAGGCAAGGGUGUGUUUGUGAUCCUGUUUGGACCGCUGAUUGGGGCGAUCCGCGAUUGGACCGACAGCUACGCGAUCUGCAUCCAUUCACAAUCGUUUUGCAUUUUCCUGUGCGUUACCGCCUGGUCCAUCGAGCUCCUGCUCAAGCGGUGCCGUACGAAGAAAAUCACCGAGGCUACCCCUUCGCCCAAUCCGGCUGUCUAGCAGGACGCACGCAGGACGAGUAGUGGCGAGAGUGUUCAUCGCCCGAGCCUCUCGCUAGCACCGUGGUCGUAUCUUAAUUCCGAAGACUGCGAUAAUAGGUUUAACAUGCGCGGGUUAUUAGAUAGUGGAUAAUGCUCCAACCGAGGGCCUUGCCCAGCCGCCCCCUUAUCGUACGUACAUACGUAGGAUGUUUUCUAAUUCUUUAGCGAAGGAAGCACACAGUAUUAGGGUGUCGUGCGGCAACAGCGAAGAUAUCUUGGAUCUGGCCGAGUAUUGACACAAUCAUCCUUCGGGACAAAGCUGUACAAGAAUCAGCCGUUAAAGUAGAAUUAGAUAAUGCGAUCGACAGCGAGAGAGAGAUGGAGUGGGGAAAAACAAGAAAGAGAGAACCAAGCACUCACAAAAGGCGAAACAUAGUAAGAAAAGUAGGGAACGACACAGCCUUUAUGUGAAUCAAUCAGAGUAUUUUAAAGUUGGAACAUACAUUUCAGAUCGGAUAUGCUGAGUUCGUUCGGGGGAUCCGAGCGAGAUGUAGCGCGACUAUUUUAUUGUCCUAAGAAAGUCCAGGCAAAGGCAUUCUGUUUUGGUAAACCCCGGACAGCAGACGGUAGUGGAAUGACCUUACACUACCUACGUUAUUACCAACUACGAACGUUUUUGGAAUGUAGUAGCGCUCGCUAGCAGUGGAACAAACCCGAGCUUGUCCCAAUGGUGUUAGUAUGUGCUCCUACAAUAAACGCAAUUUCAGUAUAAAGUUAACAAC